AUGGCCUCUGCGGCCUCUAUGACCAGCCUGGCAGAUGAGGUCAACUGCCCCAUCUGCCAAGGCACCCUGAGGGAGCCGGUCACCAUUGACUGCGGCCACAACUUCUGCCGUGGCUGCCUCACCCGCUACCUGGAGAUUCCUGGCCCCGACCCUGAGGAUCCUUCCACCUGUCCGCUGUGCAAAGAGCCCUUCCGCCCAGGGAGCUUCCGGCCCAACUGGCAGCUGGCCAGUGUGGUGGAGAACAUCGAGCGCCUGCGGCUGGUGUCCACGCCAGGGCCGGAAGAGGAAGACCUGUGUCGGGAGCAUGGCGAGAAGGUCUACUAUUUCUGCGAGGACGACGAGACGCAGCUGUGCGUGCUGUGCCGUGAGGCCUGGGAGCACCGUGCCCACACCGUGCGCUUCCUGGAGGACGCGGCAGGACCCUACCGGGAACAAAUUCAAAAGUGUCUUGAGAGUCUAAGAAAAGAGAGAGAUGAGAUUCAAGGAAUCCAGUCCAGAGAAAAUCAAAGGAUACAAGUCCUCCUGACUCAAGUGGCCACCAAGCGACAAAAAGUGAUUUCUGAGUUUGCACAUCUGAGCCAGAUCCUGGAGGAACAGCAGAGCAUCCUCCUAGCCCAGCUGGAGAAACUGGAUGGGGACAUCUUAAAGCAAAGGGAUGAGUUUGAUGUCCUGGUCACUGGUGAGAUCUGUCGGUUUAGCUCUCUGAUUGCAGAACUGGAGGAGAAGAAUGAGAAACCAGCGAGGGAGCUGCUGACGGAUAUCAGAAGCACUCUAAUACGAUGUGAAACCAGAAAGUGCCGGAAACCAGAGGCUGUGUCACCUGAGCUGGGCCAAAGGAUUCGGGACUUCCCCCAGCAGGCCCUUCCACUACAGAGGGAGAUGAAGAUGUUUCUGGAAAAGCUCAGCUUUGAGUUGGACUAUGAGCCAGCUCAGAUCUCUCUAGACCUCCAGACUUCUCACCCCAAGCUGCUCCUGUCCGAGGACCUCCAGCGGGCUCGGUUCUCCUAUAAAUGGCAGAACUCGCCAGACAACCCUCAGCGUUUUGACCGGGCCACCUGUGUCCUGGCGCACGGUGGCUUCACGGGGGGCAGACACACGUGGGUGGUGAGCGUAGACCUGACCCACGGGGGCAGCUGCACCUUGGGCGUGGUGAGCGAGGAUGUGAGGCGGAAGGGGGAGCUGCGCAUGCGCCCUGAGGAAGGGGUGUGGGCCGUGAGGCUGGCCUGGGGUUUUGUGUCGGCCCUGGGUUCCUUCCCCACGCGGCUGGCCCUGGAGGAGCAGCCCCGGCAGGUGCGCGUGUCGCUGGAUUAUGAGGUGGGCUGGGUGACCUUUGUCAACGCUGUCACCCAGGAGCCCAUCCACACCUUCACCGCCUCCUUCACCCAGAAAGUCUUCCCCUUCUUCGGACUCUGGGGCCGAGGGUCCAGCUUCUCCCUGACCUCCUGA